AUGAUCUCGGAAUCUGGAGACGACUGUUUGGAAGCUGAUUCUCCGCACGAAGCGAGCCUCUCCCCGCUCUCCUCCCCCUCUGAAGCCGGGCGGCACCGCGGGAGGAGGAAGAGGAGGAGGAGGAGGAGGAGGAGGGACAUCCAGACCUGGAGCGGGAGCGGGAGCGUCGUCCCGGAGGAGAGCAGCAGCUUUCGGCCCUUGGUCCCCUCGCCCCCGGCCCCCUGCACCAUGACGUCGGGGGAGUUCGCGCACUCCGCCCCCCUGCUGGCGCCCAAAUCCCACCGGAGCCUGCUGUACAAGGCUCUCUGCUUCCUCCUGCUCGUUUUCCAGGGCGGCGUCCUGGACUUCUACCUCAUCGUCUUCACCGACCUCUACUGGUGCUCGUGGAUCGCCACGGACCUGGUGGUCAUCUCCGGCUGGGGCAUCUUCUUCCUGAAGAACGCGCGGAGCCAGAGGGAGCGGGCCUGCGGCUUCCACCAGAAGAGCUCCGUUUUCGGCUGCAGCCUCGGGGAGUUCACCUACGCGUACCUGGCCUGGCUCAUCUACGUCAUCGCCUGCACGCCGAAAGUGGUGCUCAUCCUCGAAACCUCCAUCCUGGACCUGGUGGCGCUGAAGGUGCCGUGCGGGCUGACCGGGUUUAAGAUCGUCGUGCUGCUCUCUGCGCCGCUGCUCUUCUGCCUCAUCAACUCCAUCGUGGUGGAUUUAAACGGCUCCACCCGCCACCACUCCCAGAGCUGCUUCGUGGGCACCUGCCUGGAUCUGCUCGACAGCUUCACGCUGGUGGAGAUGCUCCUGAGGAACGAGAUCCCCGACAACGUCUACCUGAAGUACACCGUGAUCUCGGUGUACUUUGUGGCGCUGACCGCGCCGGUGCUGUGGCUCUACGAGCUGACCGCGUCCGAAAUGCGCUGCGGGUGGCUGUGGGCCCGGUUCUGCGCGGCCUGGGUGGUCAACGCGCCCCUGCUGGUGGUCAGAUGUUUCCAGGUGUACGUCUACGAGACGCCGGUGCCGGUGUUCAUGCUCAAGAACGUCUUCUUCCUGGCGUGCAGGCUGCUGGAGCUGGUGGAGCAGUGCGCGGCCGUGCGCGGACUCAGGAGGCUGUCCGGGGGCAACAACCCUGCCCAGUUCUCUCACUGCGUGUCCGAGAACGACAUGUGCCCUCACGGAUAUGUCAACACCCUCGCCGUCACGCAGUCUUAG